GAAGUGUGUUAUACACUGCCACUAUUGAUUCCAGUCCUGUAAAGCAGCUGUGUCUCACACCACACUCGCAGCUCCAUACACCUAGACUACUCACUCCACUCAGCCAUGGCUGUCUACCACAAGGAGUUUGAACAGGCAGGCAAGAAAACAGGCCUUCAAAUCUGGAGGAUCGAGAACAUAGAGCUGGCACCAGUGCCAGAAAGCCUGCAUGGGAGCUUCUAUGUAGGUGAUGCAUACUUAGUCCUUCGCACAGUCAAACAGAAAAAUGCCUGCUUCUAUGAUCUGCACUUCUGGCUGGGUAAGGAGUGCACUCAGGAUGAAAGUACAGCUGCAGCCAUAUUUACAGUACAGCUAGAUGACUAUCUAGGAGGAAAGCCAGUUCAGUACCGUGAACUCCAGGGCUGUGAAUCUACUGCUUUCACCAGCUACUUUAAAGGAGGGAUCACAUACAAAGCAGGAGGUGUUGCAUCAGGGUUCCAGCAUGUGGUCACCAAUGACCUCAGUGCCAAACGUCUCUUCCACAUCAAGGGCAGGCGUGUGGUCAGGGCUACGGAAGUACCUCUGGACUGGGCCAGCUUCAACAAGGGCGACUGUUUCAUAGUGGACCUGGGUGCAACUAUCUACCAGUGGUGUGGCUCGAUGUGCAACAAGUUUGAACGGCUGAAGGCAGCCCAGGUUGCUGCAGGCAUUCGUGAUAAUGAACGCAACGGCAGAGCUCAGCUUGUAAUUGUAGAAGAUGGAAGUGAACCCAAUAGGCUGACUGAGGUACUUGGUGAAAAGCCAGACCUUGCAGAUGGUGAUGAUAAUGAUGACAUCGCAGCUGAUCUGUCUAACAGAAAAAUGGCAAAGCUUUACAUGGUAUCUGAUGCCAGUGGAAAAAUGCAAGUGACACUUGUAUCAGAAGAGAAUCCUUUCUCUCAGAGUCACCUGUUGACUGAUGAGUGCUUCAUUUUGGAUCAUGGAAAAAGCAAGAUGAUCUUUGUGUGGAAGGGCCGCAACGCAAACCCCAGUGAAAGAAAAGAGGCUAUGAAGACGGCAGAGGGCUUCAUCAAGCAGAUGGGUUAUCCUGCAAACACACAGAUUCAGGUGCUUCCAGAAGGAGGAGAGACUCCCAUCUUCAAGCAGUUCUUUAUGGACUGGAAAGAGAAGGACCAAAGUGAAGGACUGGGCCGGGUCUAUGUCACUGAGCAGAUUGCUAGGAUUCAACAAGUGGAGUUUGAUGCUUCUAAACUUCAUGAAUCUCACCAAAUGGCAGCCCAGUACAACAUGGUGGAUGAUGGCACUGGAGAAACACAGAUCUGGAGGAUAGAGACUGGUAAUAAAGAACAGAGCAAAGUUCCCAUAGAUCCAAAGACAUAUGGGCAGUUCUAUGGAGGGGAUUGUUAUAUCAUUUUAUACACCUACACGAGAGGACAAAUCAUUUACACCUGGCAGGGUUCCAGCAGUACAAUAGAUGAGGUGACUGCUUCAGCCUUUCUCACUGUGGAACUGGACAAGUCACUGGGUGGAAAUGCAGUCCAGGUCCGGGUGACCCAAGGAAAGGAGCCAGCACAUUUGCUGAGUCUGUUCAAAGCCAAGCCUCUGGUUGUGUAUAAAAAUGGAACAUCCAGGCAAGGAGGGCAGGAACCUCCACCCCCGACCCGGCUAUUUCAAGUGCGCAAAAACCUGGGUACCAUCACACGCAUAUCUGAGGUUGAUGCCAAUGCAGCUAGUUUGAACUCCAAUGAUGCCUACCUAUUGAAGGUGCCUCAGGGGAACGGGUAUCUGUGGGUAGGGAAGGGGGCGAGUGAAGAAGAGGAACGUGGAGCUAGAUACAUGAGUGAGCUGCUGCAGUGUCAGACCCAACGUAUUACAGAGGGAAAGGAACCAGAGAAAUUCUGGGAAGCUUUGGGUGGACAAACCAAGUACCAAACAUCAGAGAGGCUGGAGAGCAAAAGCAUUGUACGGCCUCCUCGUUUGUUUGCCUGCUCCAACAAAACAGGAAGAUUCAUUAUUGAAGAAGUGCCUGGUGAGUUCACUCAGGAUGACCUGGCAGAGGAUGAUGUCAUGUUAAUGGACGUUUGGGAUCAGGUGUUUAUCUGGAUUGGAGCUGAUGCCAAUGAAGUGGAAAGAACAGAGUCAGUAAAGUCGGCCAAGGCAUAUAUUGACACGGACCCAUCAGGACGGGAUAAGGGGACAUCCAUAGUGAUAGUGAAACAGGGCCAUGAGCCCCCUACCUUCACCGGGUGGUUCCUGGCAUGGGACUCCUCCAAGUGGCAGACUGGGAGCGAAAAGUAAAGGCACAGCAUGUCAUUUUCAGCUCAGGGAGUCUCUAUGACUGUGGCUACAUCUAGGUGAAGGCAGGCUAUGCCUUAAAACUAUCAACAUAUCAAACAUGCAUUUAUGUCAAAAUAGUACCUUAUCAUAGGUUACCUUUCCUUGUCACUGGAAUGGUGCACAUCGUUUGUUAAUGUGUAUCAUUUAUCUGCAAAGAUGCAUGAAGUACAUUCUUAUUAUAAAAGCUCAAGUUAAUACAGUGGUUCUUAAGUUGCAGUUAGGUACUUUAAAUCCUUUUAAAUAUGAAAUUCAUACAUGACACCAUAUAAAAGAUACGUACUAAAGGUACAAAAGAUGUAUUCCAGAGUGUAUCAUCUUAAAGACAAGGAAACAUAUGGGUUAGUACCAUUUUUUUAUUGCACUUGCAUGCAUUAUUCUUCCCUGCAUUGCCUAAUGUGUCUGGCUUAUGGUAUUUUUGAUACUGCUUGAUAAAAUAAAAUAAUAAAAAUCAAUAAAAAAAUAUUUUAAAACUGA